GUAAGUCUGUAACUGAAACGAGAGUGACACUGAGACUGAGACCGAGGAGGAGAAAGAUGGAUAGGGGUCGCCUAAAUUCCAGCAAGUCUCAGGCACAAAACAAUAACAAUCCUAACAAAUGCCUAUGGUUCGACCGGCGCUACGGUCUUGUGUAUGAUGUUUGGAAAGAUCCACAGGAAGAAGCUUUAUCGGGUGCCCGUGGAAUGUUCUGCAUCCUGCCUCUCACUCAAACCUUCAUAAAUUCUGCUUCUCAUGCGAUCAACCUCACUGCAACAUCCGCUCUGCAACUUCUUGAGAAGCCAGACCUAUUUACACCUGAAGCUCUGAAGUUAAAACUGAAUGGUCAAGUGCAAAGAAUUAUAUCUUGUAUGAAGAAACCACAGUUUGAUUUGCCUAUACUAAGGAGAAGUUCGACAUUUUCAUCUAAUCCACAAGGAGAAAGAAAUGAAUUGCAUAAUGCAUAGCAGUCAUGAGGACACUGACAUUUGCUUUUGUACUCUAAUAUAUUGUGUCUUCAAAGUAUCAAAAUUUGUUACAACUGACCACCACAUGGUGCAUUAGCUCAUCCAUUUGCAUUUUGGUUGGUUGCAGCAAAGCCCUAUGCGAUUUUAGAAGUUUCAUCAUGGAUCGAAAGCGAUGACUUGAGAAUCCAGUAAAGUUCUACAGUCAGAAUAUUAGUUCAUGAGUGAUAAAUGUUUCUGUUUUCUGAUAUAAGUUUUCCGACUGGAAUAGCAGUUAUUAGUAAUGAAACGCAGUCUUGAGAUAGAAUCUUGUUUGAUUGUUGUAUGAGACGUCUGAUUUUCAUCCCUCCACUUUUAACAUGAUUAUGUUUUCUCCA